AUGAUUCUGCGCAGCAUUGUAUUCGCCUUAUUGUGGACAGCUGUGGUUGCCUUUGAAGGCCAUCAACAUGCUUUUCGGACAUCUUCGCGGCUUGCAAUCGAUAAAUCCUGGCACGCACUCGGACCGUGGCAGAUCGGUACUCGCGAAGCAGCCUGGGGCCACGACCCACUGUCUAUCCUUCACCCAGGCGGGUUCCAUAAUCUCACGUAUGACUCUUUUGACACCUUUCCUUCCUCGCUGAAUGGCACCGUCGGGUGGAGAACUUUCGAGGCAGAAGUGACGGAGGAGAGCGGAGAGGGAGCUCAAGCGAAAGUGGAGGUCGUGUAUGAGGAUAUCGAUUGGGACGGACUCACAUCGGCAUACGGUUGGGCUGCACUCCAGUUCUCCUUCUGGAUACGGGGGACUAUACAUAUCGAAGAGGAAGGUCGCUACCGUAUUCAUGCACUCAACGUCGGCGAGAUAUGGAUUGAUGGCAAGCUUUAUGAUGGGGGUGAUUGGUAUGCAUACCGACGUGCUCCACUCAUCCUCACACUUUCCCCGGGUGAACAUAGAGUGGAGAUUCGGGCAAUUAAUGAGAUCCGGAUAUUUGGUGGGAGGAUACCUCCCAAGGUCGAGGAUGUGAUAAGCGUGCAGAGGGUCGCCGGCGGGGUAGUGGUAGAGGAGAGAGGUAUCGUUACACCGGACGUUGUGGAGGGUAGAUCGGCGGGUGAGUGGGUGAGUGUUGGAGUGAGGAAUGAGGGGGAGGAGUGGGUUGAUGUCGUUGAUGCUCAUAUUCAGGAUGCACACGAGCCUAUAGGAAUUACGUUCGAGGACGUGUCCGUUUCUUUAGCCCCUGGUCAGAUACGACCAAUCAAGUUUCGUGUUCGAGCCGUGGGAGCGUUCGAGUUGCAGGAGCUCCCAAUCAAUAUCACCGUACACCACCGGACAACAGGUUUGGCUUCUUACCUUGUCCAUAGUGUUCCAUUGACAGUGCGCCCCUCUGUCCAUUCACCGCACAAAUUCACAUAUCUCCACCCCUCCAACAUCGUCUCCUAUUCUAUUCUCCGUCCUCCCUCUCUCCAGGUCCAACAAACCUCCAACUGUUCCAUCCUCCCCGUCGUUGUCUCCCUCCACGGCGCAGGAGUCGAGGCAUCCAGUCCGAUGUGGACUCAGGCAUACGAUGACUUGCCUGAUUUGCCGGGCUGGUUGGUAAUGCCUGCGGGGGUUACAUCCUGGGGCGAUGAUUGGCAUCGAUGGAGUUUCGGGGAUGCCGAGGCUGCGGCGAGGGCUGUGAAGGGUUGGAUGGAUAGGGUUGCGUGGGAGGGGGUUGGGGCUGAUGAGGGGAGGUGGGUAUUGACGGGCCAUUCGAAUGGAGGACAAGGUGUAUGGAAUGCAAUCACUCACCCGAAACCGGGAAUUGACAUCGUUUGUGCUGCUCCCAUUGCUGGGUAUUAUAGUAUACAGGCAUACGUGCCAUAUAUGAUGUGGGAAGCGAACCACGAAGUGAUGUCCAUUAUCAACGAAGUGCUUUCAGAAUACGAUGCUAGUCUGUAUGUCAAUAAUGUCGUGGGGACCAAGGUUUUGGCUAGACAUGGCAGUGCGGAUGAUAAUGUACCGGUGUAUCACUCCCGGAGGAUGGUGGAGCUGCUGAGGAUGCAUGGUGUAGACGCAAGUUUGGAUGUGGUAAAGGGCGAGAGUCACUGGUGGGAUGGAGUUAUGACUGCGGGGAGGCUGGGGGAGUUCUUGAUCGACUGUCUGGGGAAAUCUCGGAGCCCUGUCCGCAGUGGUCCUCUUUCGAAAGUUCAACACAGUACAGCUGCACAGCAUGCAUUUGUCAAACGUCAAGGCAGACAGGCAGGCCACAUUGCGGAUGUCAUAGAUACACCAGAUACACUGACAGUUGUCAUCCCGGCCCUUGGUCAGGUAUAUCUUGACAUUGCCUCAGAUAUUGUAAGAGGAUUCUACAAUUACUUUGGGAUGGACGUCAGGAUAGCUUAUGAGGACCAGGUUGACGGCGAAGAUUGUCGUGGCAAUGUCAUUGCUCUCGGAAAUCCUGACCAGAACAGCAUCGUUGCGGAGGCAUUCGAGCGACAAGCGCCUGCGAUACAGGCUAUGGAGAAUGGUUACGUCGUUGGCGAUGCGAAGUACUCCGAGCCGGGAACUGGAGUGAUAUUCGCCCAUCCUUAUCAGGGUAGGCUCAUGCUUAGCAUUGCAGGAUUAGAUGAAGCAGGCCUUCGUCGUGCUGCGAGGUUGGUACCAUACCGUACGGGCUCUGGACAACCUGAUUUUGCCAUCGUAGGUGAGGGCAUAGAAAUCAUCAAGGGGCUGGGCUUCUUUGACGAGGAGUGGAAGCUUGGUAGGAGUUAUCUCAGUAAAUAG